GGUCGCAGUAUGGACCAUCAAAGCAUACACACCGUCAACCGCUGGUCGCAGUAUGGACCAUUAAAGUAUACGCAACGUCAACCGCUGGUCGCAUAUGGACCAUUAAAGCAUACACACCGUCAACGUCAACGCCUCCGUUAGCCACGUACAUUUAUUACGUGUAAGGUCGCAGUAUGGACCAUCAAAGCAUACACACAGUCAAUGUCAACGCCUCCGUUAGUCACGUAUAUUUAUUACGUGUAAGGUCGCAGUAUGGACCAUCAAAGCAUACACACCGUCAACUGCUGGUCGCAGUAUGGACCAUUAAGUAUACGCAACGUCAACCGCUGGUCGUAGUAUGGACCAUUAAAGCAUACGCAACGCAUUCUCUCACUACUUCUGCACUCAUCAUCACGGAAAUGGCGUGUACCUGUAAACCGUGGCUCACGUCCCUUCGUCUCUCCAAGCAAUUGCCUCAGUAUUUUUCCUUCUUCCAGCAAUGCCUCGGUUUCUCCAGCGAUGUCUCAAAGCGCUUUGUCUCCAGCAACGUUGCUCAAGCUACAUGCGAUCAACUAAGUUCCCUGAUCUUGAACUGGACGAUUAUUUCACAAUGUCUUCGCACUGCCAAACCAGAGCUGUAUGGAACGCUACGCCUUCUUAUGCAUCAUCCUCCUUUCUCCGCAACGAUUUUGUCUGCGCUACGCUACACGCUUGCACGCAUCAUCAUCAACCCUCCGCAGCGACGUUGUCAUCUCACCUGCACUGUAGCGUCAUGCCUCGGCAUCGCCUAUCUCAACGUCAAGUCAAAGCAACACUGCAUCUUGCACCGCUUCCCAUCUUGUCUUCGUCGUCGUCCGGAACGCUCUGCAUGUAACUCUUGCACAGAGAGGAUACAGAACCAGUGGAAGUGUUGUGCGCUGGAAAUUCUGAGCGUGCGACGCCGCCGAUGCUUGCACUACAAAGUGCCAGCACAGGAUGGAAACGGCGAUCUGCCCGAAAAACAACACUGGUGCUGGCCCUCCAGUGGUUUCAACACCUGUCACAAAUGUGUUGAUCGCAGCCACACCCCCUUCAAGCCCACUGCCCGCGGUUUGUGUCUUGGAGUCUGUGAACUCUGGCAGAACUCCGUCCGGUAGUGGCCAAGACUGGGUGGAGAGCCCAACACCUGUGGCUCCAUGGAAAGUCGUCCCAAGUCGACGACGAGACAUUCGGGCAUCAGCUCGGCAGCUGGGCCGUGACAACUGGCUCGUGCUACUUAAUGGGCCUCAACCCAAAUGCCCGAAUUACGCGGCGGACCUGCUCAUGCGCCAGCUGAACAUGGAGACGCAGCUUAAAGGCGCGGCCUGGGCUGGCCAAUUUGGAGGCGUGCUCUGUCUCAUGCCAGAAACGACAGGCGAUCGGGACAUGAUUAUGGCCUCAUUCGCUCGCUCCAAACGUCUGGGUGCUACGACUAAAGCAGAUUUACGCAAGUAUAAAAGUCUGUCUGAAUUG